AUGGCCGUCGGUUUCGCCGUCGUCAGCCCCGAAGGCGGGGAGGACGCACGGCAGUACGACGGCAGGGUCACCGCGUUCGUGGCGUUGUCGUGCGUCACGGCGGCCAUGGGCGGCGCCAUCUUCGGCUACGACAUCAGCACGGCGGGCGGCGUGUCGUCCAUGGACGCGUUCCUGCGGGAGUUCUUCCCCGACGUGUACCGUCGGAUGAAGCGCGCCGCGGGCGUCAGCAACUACUGCAAGUUCGACAGCCAGCUGCUGACGCUCUUCACGUCGUCGCUCUACAUCACCGGCCUCCUCACUGCGGUGCUCCUCGCAUCGUGGCUCACCGCGCGGUGCGGGCGCCGCCCGUCCAUGGUCUUCGGCGGCGUCGCGUACCUCGCGGGCGCCGCGGUCAGCGGCGGCGCCGUGAACGUGUUCAUGGCCAUCCUCGGCAGGGCGCUGCUCGGCGUUGGCCUGGGCUUCGCCAACCAGGCUGUGCCGUUGUACCUGUCUGAGAUGGCCCCGGCACGUUACCGAGGGAUGUUCAGCAACGGCUUCCAGUUCAGCCUCUGUCUUGGAGCUCUCCUCGCGACGGUCGUCAACUACGGCGCCGAGAAGAUCACAGGGGGCUGGGGCUGGAGGCUGUCGUUGGGCCUGGCCGGCGUCCCUGCAGCGCUGCUCACCGUCGGCGCCAUCUUCCUGCCGGAGACGCCCAACAGCCUCGUCCAGCAAGGCAGAGACCACGGGAAGGUGAGGGCGUUGCUGCAGAAGAUCAGAGGAACCGACGCCGUCGACCAAGAGUUGGAUGACAUCGUCGCUGCCAACGCCAUGGCGCAGCAGUGCGACAACGGCUGGCGACUGAUCCUGACGAACCGGCGGUACCGCCCGCAGUUGGCCAUGGCCAUCCUGAUACCGUCGUUCACGCAGCUGACGGGGAUCAACGCCAUCGGGUUCUACGCGCCGGUGCUGCUGCGCAGCAUCGGCAUGGGCGAGAGCGCGUCCCUCAUCUCGACCAUCGUCCUGGUCGUCGUCUCCUCCGCCGCGACGUUCAUCUCCCUGUUCGCGGCCGACCUCUUCGGACGGCGGACGCUGCUCCUGGCCGGCGGCGCGCAGAUGCUCGUCUGCGAGGUCCUCAUCGGUGCCAUCAUGGCCGCGAAGCUCGGCGACGAGGGCGGCCUCAGCAGGGCGUACGCGCUAGCCCUCCUCCUGCUCAUCGGCCUCUACUCCGCGGGCUUCGGCUGCUCCUGGGGCCCGCUGAGCUGGCUGGUGCCCAGCGAGAUCUUCCCGCUGGAGGUCCGGUCGGCCGGGCAGAGCAUCACCGUGGCGUCGGGCUUCGUGUUCACCAUCUUGGUCGCGCAGUACUUCCUCGCCAUGCUCUGCCGCCUCAAGGCGUGGCUCUUUUUCUUCUUCGCCGGGUGGAUCGUGGCCAUGACGGCGUUCGUGUACCUCUUCUUGCCGGAGACAAAGGGGCUGCCCAUCGAGCACAUUGACAAGGUGUGGACCGAGCACUGGUUCUGGAAGAAGGUUAUAGGAGCCCGUGAAGAUGAGGCAAGUGCCAAGCUGUAA